AUGUCCGAAAAUCCACUUUCGUCGCAAGAUGAAAAGCAUCAAAAGGGUACGCUUGGUAGCACCUCGGCUAAAGAAAAAGAAUUAUGUGUGUCUGAUAACAAUUUUAACAUUUCGAUGGGGGUGCAGAAUGUUGAAAUUGAUAAU